AUGACUAGUNGAUCGGAGAACACACAUAACACUAGUGGUCGAAGUCGUGGAACUACUGCUGCAGGAACAUCAUCUCGUGGAGUUGCCGGUAGAGGAAGAUUGACUCGUAGAGCUGCUGGUGUUGAAACAUGCACUCGUGGCGAUGGUACAAGCAAUACAUCUACAAGACGGAAUUCAUGA